CAUAGUAAACGUUAACUGUUAUUACCAUCAUCAUUUGAUGUCAGUUGAAGUAGAUGGUUUGCCAAUGUGAAUAAGGGAGAACAGCCUCAUGGUUAGAAGAAUAAAAUGAGAAAGCCUAGGUGCUGAAGUUCUAGGAAAGGACUGGGCUUGCAGAUGGCAACGGUGGUCAUUUAACCGUGUGAUUCAUUGCAAUGGUGAGAAUUGUGUGUGUCCUGUAAGUUAGACCACCUGAAGUUUGAAACACUUUUUAAAUUGAAGUCCUGCUGUUUAAUCCAUAUUUUUAAAACUUUGGAGAAGUGGAAAGAAAUUUGACAGUUUUAAAAUUCUCCUCUAAACAUUAAGUGAUUUUUGAGUUACAGCAGUAAAACUGCUUCAAUUAAAAUUCUUAGAACCUAAAUUUUCAAAUAAUUGAGUUCUUUUUCAGAUAAUUUUUUAUUAUUGAUAAUAUAUCACUGGUUAAAAUAUCUUCUAAAAAUGUUUAGUUAAUCAGUAGACUAAUACAUUUUUAGCUAUCAUUAAUUUGAAAUCUAUCAAAAUAAGAAAAUACAAUACCUGAUGGAGUCAAUACAGGUUGAUCUUAAUUUGAAUUGAAAAAUAUGAUCAGUAAGAUACAGAACCUGAAUGCUUAGGAAGAAGAAUCUUCAAUUUGCAAAGCAGAAAUGUUGAAUUCACUGAAAUACAUUUUUCAUUUGACUGUGACCUUUAGUUAAGGGAAAAUUAGUUAAUAAGUGUUCCAGAAUAAGUGUACUCCCAGUGUGAUGGCUUUGGUAUUUUUUCAACAGUGACGUGUCAUGUUUGGUGUUGCCUCUGUGCAAUACCUGGGGUAGUUAGUGCUUUUACUUUGUUUUUCUUAAAUUUACUUAGAAGAUUAACUGCAAGCUUUUGGUUCUUAACCAUCUCCUGCAUGAUUGCAUGAUUCGUUUGCUACGGUCCCGAUGAAGACUCAUUGUUGGCUGGAGAACCACAGCUUGGAAAAUAUAUUUUUCUUGAUUAUAUGUUUCUUUUUUCUGUAUAUGAGGUCAUGGUGUGGUAUAGUAUAAAGACUAUGCAUGGGCUUUGGAGUCCUCACUGUUCUUUUUUUUUUUUCCCCCUGCUUAGUCUUGAAUCUGAGCUCUGAUGCUGUCUGUGAUCUUGAGCGACUCACUUGACAGCUUUGGUUUUCUUCCCUAUGACUCGACAUAAUAAGAUCUACCUCAUAGGCAUUGUGAGGAUUAUAGGGAAUAAUUUGUGAAGGUGUCAAAGAGCAAAGAGGUAAAAAGAGGUAUGUGUGUACAGGGUAAGAAAUGGGUAGAACCAAGAUUACAGGGAAGUUUAUAGGGAGGACAAACCUUAGAUAAAAGAGACAUUGUGAACACUAGUGUUAAAUUUUUUUCACUGAAAAGUUAAAAUGAGUUAUUGUUUAUGUAUAUUUACAUACAUUUAAAAAUUUGAUGUUGAUUUAACAUACUACAACUUUCAAAACCCAUCUUUAAAAAAAUAAAUUAUUUUAUAAAUUAUUUGUGAACUAGGAGUCUUGAUUUAAUUUUUGACAUCACUUAUUCAUAGUAAUUUUGUAUACAUCAUAAAAUGAACAUUAUGUCAUUUACCUACCCUGAAAGAGGAGAGAAAUUGUAUUUUCUAAAGUACUUCUGAGCAAUAUUUUUUAAUGUAGUUAAUAAGAUCUGACACUGAUAUUGAGUAAAUUUCAAGAUCCUUUAAAUCUUGAGACAGUAACCAAGCUACGUAGAAUUAAGAGAAACUCUGACUAAACUUCAAGGGGCUUCAUCCUUGAGUUAUCCUGUCUGGUGAUUUAUUCUCGGACCACUGGUUUUAACGCAUACAUUUUACUACACAAAAGCCUGUAGGAGAAACUCAACAAAAUGAUCAGAUGUUAAGACAAUAUUUUAGAAAUUGCAGCUGAGAAUUACCUCUCAAAUUUUGAACACACAGAAAUGCUGUUCAACAAAAUCAAAACAGCAAUAGACCACGUAUGAUCCGCAGAGAUGUGGGUCACUACAGCCCGAGCAGUCUCCUCCCUCUGCCGUGCAUUCAUUAUGUAUCAACAAUAAACAGCCCUUUCCUCUAUAAAUAAAAACAGCAAAUUUUUAAUUUAACACUUUCUUCCUAAUCUUUGCUUUUAAUAUAAGGUAACAUCCACUUUUUUAAUGUGAUAUGAAACGUUCUAGAAAGCAAAAUUAAUGCGUUAGUGUAUGUUCUGAAGUCCAAUCAUGAUUAACUGUCUAGACUACAUAUUUAAUACUUUCUUCUUUUUUUCAGCUCUCUUUCUCCAAUCCCAAUUCUACUUGCCUAAGAAAUAAGCUUGUCAAAUCAAGGCUGGGAUUUUACAGGCAGUGGGAUGUGGGGAGGGGGGCCUUUGUGUUCAAGCUUCCGUGACUCCGAAAGAUGCCCUAUUUGUAAAUAUUUUUCUUAUGGAGAAAAAUGUAAUUUCCUGUAGAGGUCUUUGUGUCAGUAGUAGUUAUAGAAUGUGAGAGUUAAAACCUUAGUCCAACUACCUAACUUUAGAUAAGGAAACAAACACAGAGAGGUUAAGUCACCUGCCCCAGGACACAAGCAGUUAUCUGUAAAGUCAGUCCUAGGCUUUAGUUCUCUUUAACUGAGUCAAUUGAUGGUUCUGUUAUACCAGGCUGGUGAUGGCUAUUUUAUAAUAAAACUAGUUUUCUUUAUGUGUAGGAAAGUAAAAUGUAUAUGAAUACCUGCCUUCUCAUUACAGAAAAAAUGCUGCUAUGAAGAUAUAAUUAUAGCUUUCACAUAAAUGAAGUUACAACUAUCAUGAUUUAGUGCCCCAAAAGGAAGAACUUCAGUGAACAAGAGAGGGCAUUUUGUGGGUAGUAGAAUGCUCCAGGCCUGGAAUUUAAACUUGAGCUACUGCCUGAAGAUAUGGUAAGGCCAACAAAUCAGGAGAUGAUUGCCAUUGAAAAAAUAGCUUUUUACUCACAGUUCCCAAGAAGAGGCAUGCAUGCCACACAGAGCCACACAAGAGGAAACUGAGCUAUUGAAUAAUUGAAGAAAAUGGAAUCGAAUAUGAUAUCAGCAUGGAGCAGUCCAGUGAUUCCUUAGGAGUCAACCAUAAUGAUUCCCAAGAGUCACAGACAGAUUCUCAGCUUCUAACGUGUAUGGACUCCAGGGACCCUUCCUUUGGACAAAAUGGUUCUCCUAGAGUCUUACCCAUUACUACUCGUGAAGCAGAUGAUUCCCUCACAUCACAGAAUGUGCCAGGGCCCCUGACUCAGACUCAGACUCUUUCUGCAGAGCAGUUCCAUCUAGUGGACCAAAAUGGGCAACCUGUUCAAUAUGAGCUUCAGUCCUUGGGGGAUUCUAACGCACAAAUGAUGAUUGUUGCCAGCCCGUCAGAAGAUGGACAGGUGCUUCGUGUAAUUCCAUCCACGCAGACAGGAAUGGCCCCAGUGGUUAUACCUCAGGGGCAGCUUGUGGAUGUGACUAGUCCUCAGGAUGUCUCUAAGGAGAAGCCCAGUGACAGAAAAUUACCUGUUGUAAGAGUGGAUGCUCUAGCAGACAACAGCAGCAGUUACAUUCUUCAUCCCCAAGCAUCCCUCACAUUGUCCAAAAAGACAGUGACCAGAAUGUUUGAAGAGCCCUUUCUGGGCCCUCUCCAGACACUUUCUUCUAACACACCCAUGUGGGCCUGCCGUCUUAGGAGCUGCGAGAAAAUUGGAGAUUCAUAUCGUGGCUACUGUAUAAGUGAGACUGAAUUGGAAAGUGUCCUAACAUUUCACAAGCAGCAAACACAGAGUGUUUGGGGGACCCGCCAAUCUCCGAGCCCAGCCAAGCCGGCUACACGCUUGAUGUGGAAAUCUCAGUAUGUCCCAUAUGAUGGAAUCCCGUUUGUCAAUGCAGGGAGUAGAGCCGUGGUAAUGGAGUGUCAGUAUGGGCCAAGGAGAAAAGGUUUCCAGUUAAAAAAAAUCAGUGAGCAGGAAAGCAGGUCUUGUCAGCUCUACAAAGCCACUUGUCCAGCCCGGAUUUACAUUAAAAAGGUGCAGAAGUUUCCUGAAUAUAAAGUUCCUACAGACCCUAAAAUUGAUAAGAAAAUAAUCCGAAUGGAGCAGGAAAAAGCCUUUAAUAUGCUAAAGAAGAAUUUGGUGGAUGCUGGUGGUGUUCUUAGGUGGUAUGUACAGUUACCCACCCAGCAGGCUCAUCAGUAUCACGAAUUAGAGGCUCCUUGCCUCCCUCUGUCACCUUCCCCUUUUCCUAUGUCUUCUCUUGAAGAAGAGGACAGUGCAGUUAGAGACGAGAAUUGUGCAUUGCCCUCACGUCUGCAUCCUCAAGUAGCACGUAAGAUUCAAGAAUUAGUGUCACAGGGAAUAGAACAAGUGUAUGCAGUAAGGAAACAGCUAAGAAAAUUUGUGGAAAGGGAACUGUUCAAACCUGAUGAGGUACCUGAAAGACAUAAUUUAUCCUUUUUUCCAACUGUAAAUGACAUAAAAAAUCACAUCCAUGAGGUACAGAAAUCCUUGAGAAAUGGAGAUAGUGUAUAUAACUCAGAGAUUAUUCCAGCAACGCUUCAAUGGACUACAGAUAGCGGGAAUAUUCUCAGAGAAACUGUGACAGUUACAUUUGCAGAAGGAAAUUCACCAGGAGAAUCAGUUACCAGCAAAGUGGAGACAAAUCAGAUAAGGAGUGCUUUGUCUCCAGAGCCAGCCCACUUGCUUUCCUCAUUUGAGCCAAAAAUAUUUACACAACUGCAGGGUUUGCAUUUGCAACCAAGAUUCACCUCUCCUGAUGGAUCACCGGCUCCGGUAUCAGUAAAUAACCAUCCGUCCUCCAGUCCUUCAAGACUUCUGGAUUCAGUAGGAAGUGCUGUAAUGAAUAAUAAUUCUCCACUGCUUGGUCAGAGUCAUAGUCUUCAGACAGAUUCAUGCCUAACACAAAGCAGUAGUGUUGCAUCUACUGUGGGCAACCUUCCAGGACCAGAUCAAAAUCUGGUUGCAAUGGACCAGCUGGUAGAAGUUGGAGAUGUUGAGGAUGCAGAGAAUCUGGAAGGAAGUGUUCAUCGGAUUCUCUUGGAAGAUGUGCAGAACAUUCCAAUACAGAUUAUAGACAGCCACUCAGCUCUCAUUGAAGAAAAUCCAGAAGGUACCAUUUCUGUGAACCAAGUUAAGCAAGAACCCAAAGAACCAGCAUUGUCUAUGGACACAAAAACAAUUUUGGACUAUAAGAAAUUAUCUACUACGUAAAUUAUUGAAGCUUUUCAGACUUUACAACUCUGGUGACUGCUGAUGUCAUAGAAAAGAAGAUAAUUUGGGGAGCUUUUUGAUAUCAGCAGAGGAUUUUUCCCCCCUAUUUUGUACUGAAGAUUUAGCUCUGGUUAGAAAGGAAUUUGAGUUGUAUUUAUUUUUCUAUGCCAGAGUUCUUACUGAAUCGAUGGAAUUAGAAUUUAUAGUAUUUCAAGGUAGAAACUGGAACUAUCAAUAUUUUCAUGUUAUUUUGGAGAUAUUUUAAAGGAGCCAGCAUUUGACAAGCUGGGAGGUCCCAUCAAAAUCUGGUCACCCUGGAAACAGCGUGCUUUUCUGAGGCCCUUUGAGCCUCCUGCACAGGGUCUUUCCAAUGAUGAUGGCGAGGAUAUGGCUGCUGGCAGUGCACUCUGAAGUCCUUGUAUCCAGACAUCAGCAUUCUGGCAGGGGUGCUCGACCCUGCUCAGCAGGAAGAGGACAUGUGGAACCCAGAUGAGCCAUUUGGGAACUUUUUGGUCCUCCCGUCUCAUUGUAGCUGUGGAUGGACGCAUGCAGCAGUCGUCAGCCUGAGAACAGUAUGAUGGCUCGGACCCCUCAGGAGUUAAGAUUUGAGUCACCCCACCAGUAAGUCCCCAAGUCUUACUUUAGAAUGAGGGAAAUCAGAAUAGCUAGUGAAAGAGGGAGAGCAUGAGUACCAGUUGUAACCCCAAAGAUCAACUGCAGUGUCAGAGGUCCCUUCUGAGUUUCCCCUCGGGAACACAGGCCCGCAGGAACCAUGGUAGACCUGCACCCUGGACCUGUGAGAAAUCUGUUCAGCGCAAGGGGCGAGCUGUAGCAGCUAUGAAAAUAAGCCACUCAGAGCUGUUUCUGCAGAGAAUUGACAGAUGGCCCCAGUUGCUAUGCUCUGACUCUACUGUAGUGCUUCUGCAGAAGCCGUGCUGCUCCCGGCUGCUCCCAGCCGAUGACUGAGCGUGGCGAAGGUCCGAAGGCAGGCCCAUUUCUCUGAGAAGGAGGACUCUUGAUGGGUAACUUUGAUUCGAGGUUCCCCCAUCAGCCUUGCAGACUUUACUCAAUACCAAUCAGGUCCUUGCACUGAAAAACUCAAGCUAGACUCCAGAAACCUCAAAAGUAUCUCACCUUUGCCCUUACCCCUCAGAGAUACUGCUAAGAUCUGUCAAGGUAAUAUUCUUCCUACCACAGUAAGCAGAAAACUUAGUUUUGCUUUAUCAACAGGUUAUUUUGGUUGGUGGUAUUUUCAAGGAGUUGGCAUUCAACAGAUGAAAAGUGGCCAUCAUUCAAAAAAGCAGGGGUAAGAGCUUCAUAGGUAGAAGGAACAGUAAAUGCAAAGGCCUAGAGGUGGAAAAAAGUGUUAAAGGGCAGAAAGAAGGCCAAUGUGGCAUGAGCUUAGAGAGAGAGCAAUAGAGAAGAUGGUAUGAGAUGAGGUCAGGGAAGUAUAGAAAGCCCUGGAGUCCAUGGUAAUCAUAGGGUCAACUUCAUUCUGAGUACAAAGAAAACAAUUAGAGGGUUUUGAGUGGAGAAGUGACAUACCUUGGUUUCUAUGUUGUAGGAGCAUGAGUUGUGGAGGGACAUGAAUAGAAAUGGGGAGAGCAGUUAGGAGGUUAUUAUUGCAGUUACGCAGGUGAGACCUUAGGUGAUUUGGAACUAGAUUGAUAGUGAUACAGGAGGCAAAGAGAAAUGCACAAAUUCAGGAUCUGUUUUGGAGACAGAAUCAUCAGAACUUGCAGAUUGAUGGGCGGUGGGGGGUGGAGAUGGUGUGUGAAGGAAGAGGAGGAAUGAAGAAUGACUCCAAGGUUUUAGUCUCGAGCUGCUGUAUGACUGGUAAUGAAUUUUACCACUUUGAGGAAAACUGAUGGGGACGAAUAUUUUCAGAAGAGAAAAGCAAAACCUCUCUUUUAGACCUGGCGAAUUUGACUUCCAAAUAGAAAGAUUAAGUAGGCACUUAUAAAGUCUAGAGAUCAGGACUGGAGGUAAACAUUUUUUGUGAUUUAUCAACAUGUGGAUGGUAUUUAAACUAGAGAACAGAGAGAUCACCUCAAAAGAAAAUGUAGAUAAAGAAGAGAAGAAUCCCCAGGAUCUAGCCCUGGGGCCCUCCAACAUUUAGGUUACCUAGAGCAGGAAAGAUGGCUAAGAAGGUAAAAGGAACACCGAGAAUGCUUCAAACUGGUCAGUUGAGUCCACUUUGGAACCUGUGAGGAAAUGUAGGGGCAGGAAGUACCUCAAUAUUAGUUGCUAAUUGAAACAAUCUCUUCAGUUCCUUAGCCAACAAAUACGUAUUGAGUAUUGUAAACAGGGGUGUCCCAGAAACAUUACAAUAUAAGGUAACCAGUCUAACUGCUGCUUAACAUACCAUACUUACAUACAACGCUCCCUUGCAGCGAGGGGCAUCAGAUUUCUAGGCUUGAUUACAAAAGUAUUUUGGAAAAGUCUGUCUUUCUGCUUUCUUGUCUUUUUUUUUAACCAACUGUCUUAAACUAUCAAUUUUUUGUUGUCUUUUAAUACAUUAUUCAAUUUUAGAUUUAAUAAACUAUUAAACUUCUUCACUUAUGUUGCUUUUACCUAAAAUAUGCUUAGAUGGAAUUAUGAAUUCUGGCUUUAAAAACAUGAUUAGAAUUAUGUAAAUAUGUUAACUCUCUUAAGGUCUUUCCUCUUUUUUUAGGUUUGGUUAACAUUUGAAAAUACACUGUAGUGUUUUGAUAUCAGAAUUACAUUCAUCAAAAAUAUGGAUGUAUUUAGACUUUCAGGAAGAAUUUAACCAAAGGAUAUAGGCAGAAAUAAAACAAAACAAAAACAUCUAGCUUGUAGUAGCUACAAAACAACGUGUGGCUUUCAGAGUAAAAGACUUCUAUAUCAGUUGCAUAAUAGUAAUUCUUUAUUCAUGAGGUCUUUUUAUUUCCAUGGAAACAUUGAGGUCGUUUUAAUUUUUAAUUACACUAGAGUUUACAGUUCCAUAGAUUUUAACUCUGUUGUAGUAAGCACAGAAGCUAGGGCUUUACCCAUUUCCACUUUAAAAAGUACAAAAGAAGAAAAGAUGGUUUAAAAUGACCAUGAGUUUCAUUCAGUUUCAAGCUUUAGCUGUAUAUUGAUUAUUUCUAAUUUUUCCUAAACCUGCCCUGCAAUUUUAUAUCCAAUUACUUCUUCUGUUUUUGUCUAUACCCUUCGGCUAAAAGUAUUUUCCCAGGAAGUAAACUAAAAUAGGAAACUCAGCGGGGAUGUUGGUGGGAUAAGUAGCACAUGAGGUGUGAGACUGCUGUCAAGUGACAGAAGGAGCAGAGAACUACUUCUGCCACCUGCUCAGCUUGGUAAUCUUGGGUGCAUGCCUUCCUUUCUCUGGCCCUCAACUUCUUCACCUGCAACUUGAGAGAGUGAGGAUGAGUGACAGAAUUCAAUGGUUCUCUGAAAUAUGUUGGCUCUAUGGAACCCAUGACUUUGUGGAAACUAUCCACAUGGCCCCGAUGUUGAUGACAGUUCUCAUGACGUGGUGUCUGUCACAGGGACUGGAUGCAGGUCAGGAACAGGAAGCUAUGGAAUGAGACAAAUUAUUCACUAAAUGGGUCUAAUACAGAUUUUAUAGCUAGAAAAUCUUUUAUUUCUUUUCCCUUUCUGUAUCAUUAAAUUUCCAGAUAUAGAAGUUUUACAGGUUCUGUUCCUAUUCGAUUAUGGUCAUUUUCAGAAUGCAAAGGGCACAGGGAAAGGAACUGACAUUUACUGAAUAUCUACUGUAUAUUAUGCAUUGUAUUUUCACAUAAUUAUCUUUCAAUCUUUAUAGCAGUCCUAUAAGCAGCAAUUACUAUUCUCAUUUUAUAAAUGAGAAUUUGAGACUCAAACGAGGAUAAUUCUGCCAAGUGCUAGUCAACAUUUGAAGAUACAGUUUAAAAUAUCACUUUGAAGUUUUACUGUGAACUGAGAUUUAGCUUCUUUCCUAUUUAUAUUUGCCAGUUGUCUUUAUCAGUAUUUUCCUACCUAUUGGUUGAGAUCCCUGAAGGGUUGUAGAUUACUUGCAGAGGGAUAUAAUAAUCUAAUACUGUCUCUAAACAAAUAAAUGACUUGCAUGUAUGCAUAUGAUUAUUUGUUCAACUGCAUUAAUAAAAAUAUGCAUUAAUUUGAAAGUA